AUGAGAUCCCUGCUCUAUAGGUUUAUAGUUUUGAGCAUUAUAGUCAUCAGCAGUAUGGAGCACACUGAACAGUCUAAUAACUUAGCCUUCAGCUGGUGGCAGAGUGUAUCCGACAGCCUGACGGAUAUUCUAACCAUGAAAAUGAAUAUAUUUACAUCGUUUCCAUUGGAGUUGGCUGCAACUGUUAUUGACACUUUGUGUAAGUCUAUUGGUAUCACAUCUCAACGCUUGACAGGCUCCUCCACUUUGUUUAUAGGAGGCGUACCAUCGCAAAUCCAGCCGGAUAUAACGAAAAUGCACUUUCAAUACAUGACACCUUGUCUGAACUAUAGUGUUCCCUUAUUGGAAGCAGAGAAACUCUGGAAUCAUCCCAAAUUUCGACGCAAUCGUAAAUUAGUUAUAUUAGCCACGGGCUGGACAAAUACGGUUAACGCUUCAGCUACCAUUGCGAUGAUGUCGAAGGCUUUUAUGUGUAGACCGCAUGUGAACUUUGUGAUUGUAGAUGCGGCUUACUAUGUGGACACCUUGUACAAGUGGUCGGCCCUGAAUACUGAUCUCAUUGGCGAGCAUCUCGCUGUUGGCUUACAGCAAUUGAUUAAGGUCACACCGUUGAUUGACAUUCAUUUGAUAGGUCAUUCAUUGGGCGCACACAUCAUGGGCAACGCUGGGCGGACGUUCAAGCAACUCACAGGACGUAAAGUAUCUCGAAUUACGGCUCUGGAUCCAGCCAAGCCCUGUUUUCGCAACGAAAAGUCACUGCCUGGGCUAAUGCGAGGCGAUGCUGAAUUAGUAGAUGUUAUACAUACUAAUAAUGGUAUCCUAGCUAAACGUGAUCCUAUCGGGGACAUUGACUUCUAUCCCGGCGGUGUUCAUCCCAUAAAGCCUGGCUGCCUGACCAUUGGCUGCUCUCACACGCGUGCAGUUGAGUAUUUUGCUGAGAGUGUCUAUCCCAAGCAGGAGCGUAGCUUUGUGGGUACUAGAUGCAGCUCGUGGAAGAUGCUAGAAUGGCGAAAGUGUGAAUCUGACAUAACUUCAACCAUGGGCUAUUUUAUUAACAGAAAGGCGAUCGGCAUAUUUUACGUGGAUGUCAAUGGUCGAAGUCCCUUUGGAAAGCAUUACAAUGUAUUAGGGAAAAGUGGAGCUGACUGCGAGAAGAGUAGCUGCAGAUCUAAGUUAUUAAGUAAAUUGCAGUAGUUGUUUCUUAAUUUUUAAAGUAUAUGUUGUAU